CAGAGCCGCAACCUGCACAUGACCGGAGCCACCAGCUCCUCGUCGUUCCUCACAUCAGACAAGCCCACUUUCGGCUCGUUAAGCCCCAAGCUGCCCUCCUCUGAGGCUCCAGCCUGGAAGCAUGAGACUGGCAAUGCCAUGCGCCACUUCAACACAAGUCGAAGCCUGAAGGCCGUCAACGACAGCUCCACUAUCGACUUCAUGUACAUCCCGGACUUCGACCCGGACGCGCAGACUGCACCCACCAAGAUCAAUGUACCCAUCAUCCUGUCGACUGCUACAUCUUCAGCGACACAGGCUGCCGCUGCUGAGGCUGAACAGCCGGUCAUGCAACCGACCAUCUACACUGCCGCUGCCGACAGCACGCACAUCCACGCCCCCUCUGCGAUGUCUGACGUGACCGAGGGCAACCACAUUGACUUCCAGGGCAUGGCUGCGCAGGUUGCAAGCAAGCUGCAGAAGCCUGUCGAGGAGGCCGAGGGUAUGGCGAGGCAGAUCUGGAAGGGUUUCGUCGACGAUGUCUUUGGCCCCAGGCAUGGCGGUGCCUCCAAGGCCUGA